AUGAGUAAAUUAGACGCAUCGCCGCGGUCAUAUCGGAAGCAGUCGUACCAUUCAAUAACAGUUGAAGAACAAACUCCAACGUCAUUGUACGCACAAGUUCUUUUCGAUAAGAACACGGCGAUAGUUUCCGAGGAUUCUUUGAGGGAUUUAAUAACGGAACUCAAAAAAGAUAGCGUAUCUAUUUUCGACCCACUUUCAAAUUUUUACACAACACCCAAUGAAAUCGUGAAGUGGAAGAUAUUUUCGAUUUCACCAGUUAAGAGAGACAUUUUAGAAGUGUUAUUAAAGGGGAUUAAAAAAUUUCAUUUGCAAGUCACAUUGUUAGACAAGAUAUUAACACCAUUACCAUUGGACGAAAAAAGCCUUGCGUUUUUAUAUGUUGCUACAUUCAAUGCCGAUUCUUUGUUUAAUCCAAACGGAGAGCUUUUACCACUCUUUGAUGAAAACAACACAAUUUUGUCGGUCCACCCCAGUGUGGUGUUUAAUGCACUAUUUAUUGACUUCGACGACAAUUUUAAAGUCUCUGCGUUUGUUCUAUUAAGAGAGAUAUUUGGCGAUGAAGGAAUUUUUAAUUUACUGUAUAUGAAAAAGAAAGAUGCGGAAGCAUUAGAGGAUGUUCAUGACAAAAUGGGACAAUUAAGAGACGUUGCUAUCUAUUCUCAAUUACUCUCCGACUUCUUUGGAAAGUUCAUGAAUGAUGAGAUGAAGAAAAGUCUCAAGAAAAACAAGAAGACUGAAAAUUAUACGCAAAGCCUUACUUCGUUGAGUGUGUCGUUCUCAUUCACAGACUAUUUCAAGCAAAAAUCUCCGAAGAAAUACACCCCAAAGAAAAGAACGAUAUUAAAGAAAACAAAGAGCUCGUCGGACUUACUCGCCAAUUUAAAUUUACAAAUUCCACCACUCAAAAUUCCUCAAUGUGACGAGUUAGGAUUUCUGUCGCCCAAAUGUCCACAAAGUCCAAAUGAAUUGGACGACAUUUCCGAGAGUCUUAAAGAAAGUCCAAAAAGGCUCUCCGAUGACAAAAAUGAUAAAAACAGGUACUACACUCCUCGAGUUAUUAAAAAGGAGAAAUCAAAGGACAAACUAUUCUUUAACACAUGGAGGAAGUCACGAGAAAUCACAGAGAAAGUCGAAGAUAAAAAUAGUAAAGUGUAUUCGAAAGAGAGAAGUCCACGCUGUGUCUCAAUGAAAAGUCCUCGGAAGAGUAUGAUGUUCAUAUUCGACUCAUCGCAAAACGCUUCUGUCGAUUUGUCGACAAUUAACGAAGACAUCGAAUUCGACGGCAAAAUGCGACAACUCAUCGAACUCCCUCCGAAGUUCUUCUCCGACCAACUCUUUGAGUUUCAACAGGCGUUACUCAGAGAGUUGUGUCUUGGCGACUUCACAGAGAAGACUUGUGAUUUGGAGAAAUACUUUAAGAACAUGUUUGCCCUUCAAAAAGUAUUUGAAAAUGUUAUUGAGCGUUCCCAAAAGAGGAAGAAAGCCUUAUUAUUUUUCGUAGACACUGCGGACGAGUCAGUGAUGUCAGGCGAUUUCAAUUCUUCAUAUAUACUUUAUACAGUUGUCAAAAAUGCAUAUGAAACAUAUAAGAGUGAUUGGGAAGGCGUUGGAAGAAAUUGCGUUGAAAAAUUCUCUUUAAUUGAAGCAAUUUUUGAAGGGAAAAAGGCCAACACCUUAUCGUUGUAUGUUGAGGAUCGCAAAAUUAAAAUUCCUGUGAUGGAAUUAUUGAUGAGGGAAAUAGAAAGCGCCACGGAAUUGGUAGUCGACACCUCUGCAGAAUAUGACCAAUUUUGCACACAAUUUGCAACGAAACUACGAAGCUAUUUAAAAGUGAUUCCCCCACUUUAUAAUGUACUUACUAUGCCUCAAACAUAUACACCAGACAAAGGAGUACAACGGUUCUUUUGUCUUUGCUUGAAUGAAUAA